UCUUCUCAAAACUCAUCAACACAACUCAUAUAUAUACUACUAAAUUAGUACAUUAUAAUAAUUAUUAUCAAAUAAUAUAAUAAUUAUGGAGAGAGUAAGUAGAAUGGUAUCUGAAAAGCCAGUGGUGAUCUUCAGCAAGAACUCUUGUUGCAUGAGCCACACCAUUAAAUCUCUCUUCUGUGAUCUCGGCGUUCAUCCAUCUGUUCAUGAGCUUGAUGAGAUGCAGAGAGGAAGAGAGAUUGAAGCUGCCCUCUCUAGGCUUGGCUGUAAUCCUACAGUACCAGCAGUGUUCAUCGGUGGUGAACUCGUUGGCGGUGAAAAUGAAGUCAUGAGUCUUCAUCUUCAACGAUCAUUGAAGCCAAUGCUUAAAAGGGCUGGAGCUUUAUGGGUUUGAGUUACUAAAUAACAAUAACAAUAACAAUAACAUGAGCGUGCAAGAAUAAUAAUAUAAGCUAGAGGUGAAACGUACGUUACUUUUAAUUAGCAUAUAUAUAAUUAAAAAAAAGUGUGUAUGUAAUUAUUAUUUAUGUAUAAAGAGUACUGAGUCCUUAGUAGUAUAUAUAGCGUAGUGAUUUUCUAAUUAUUAAUUAUAAUAAUAUAAAUAAUGUGUUCACUUCUAGCUAGUUAUAACCCCAGCUUCUCUUUUUUGUAUUGUAAGCUGUGAUCUUUUGAACGAAUAAUAAAUCUAUAUAUGUAUAAUUAACAGUG